UACGUUUGAAAUCGCAAUUCUUUCAUCACAGUGAACAUAUUAAAAAGAUGUGUCAAUCUGAAUCUACAUUUGAAUUUCGGAAAUUAAACUUUAAUGCUGUCGUCUGUUCAAAGUUUGAAGUUAAGAUACCUUGAGAGGAACGGUACGCCGUUAUGAAUGCCUAUGGAUAAUAUAUUAAUUUCGUUGACGCGAUGCUCACUUGGUGGAUCCUUUUUCUGCUCACAACCAAGCCACGUUGUUCUGCAUGGAGGACACUGAGCCCCGACCUCCAUCACCCUGUCCUGCCCAACACUGGGGACACGGGUGAUUUUACUGAGAACCUAGAAAUUGUGGAGUCAGGAAACCCGCGGGCAAGUGACAUGAUUCAAUUCCAGGAAAUUGGUCAACAAGAAAAUCUUGAGUCAAGAGGCGCCACGGAGGUUACCUCAGAUGUUAGGCUGCCUAUACUUGAAAAAUUGAAUCCACUCUCUGCGAAAGGUCAUGAUAAGGUUCGCGACAACACACAUGCGCCAUGGCAAAAUGCGAAAGAAAUGUCAGUGGGACAGUGGCAGGUGAAGGCGAGGAGUAGUCCGGUAGAAGAGGUUCACCAUACUGAAGAAAGACCUUUUUCAGAUGAGCGAAAUCGGAAUGAAGUGAAAAAGUCGGCAGGCGAACGAGCAGGCAAUGAAGCUUGGCAACAUUUGUCAUCGAAAACUCACAGCACGAAAAUUAAAACAGUGAGAAGUGACCAUAGAAAUUCAAGAGAAUUAUCAGUCGAAUAUCUCCUUUCUUCUUUCAGAAAACAGCAUAAUUUAGCCAAGGAGUCACUCACAUCCCUACCAAGCCCUAAAGAAGACAACCAUCCUACGUUAGAUUUACCAGCUCGAAAACUGUUCAUGCCGCUGAAGAAUACUCUUGAAUCAGACAGAACAUUGAUUGGACGUGAUGUAGAAAUCAAUGCACGACCUCCUAUUAAAGCGCACUCAGUUCACAAAGAGACUAUGGGCUUUACAUUCAGUCAAAAAUAUCCAAACAGAUCUACUUCUCUGUCAGUUUCUGGCGAACUGUUUGAUGGCUCAACCGGGAAAAUUCCUAAAUGGAUUGGUCGUCGGCAAUCGAGACUUGAGGAUGCACCCAAAUCACUAGAUUUUCCUAAGGUAUCUUCUAUUGAUGAACUGGAGGAAGACAAUAAUAUAUUAGCAAAUGAGGGGUCCAGGAUGUCUUCCAUCAGGCAUCGAAAGUCUAGAAAAACUUUUGUGCGAACGAGGAAAUCUCCUGUAACUCGACCGCAUCCUCAUGUUUAUGGCGGCAAUUUUUCUUCGUUAAUGCAUCCUGAGCAUUCCGUCAUGAAAGUUCUGUCUUCAACUUUUCAGGAGCAUGAUGACUUUGAGAGAUUUUCUGCACCUAAUCCAUCAUCUUUGGCAACGGCCGUCGACAACGGAAUUUUGUUAAUAACUCCUGAGAAACUUUUGCUUGAGGCGCAAAGUUGGGAUCGUGAAAAUGACACUGCCGGAGAUUCUACGAUCGGUCUUGCAUCUCUCGAAGAUGAUGACUCUGAGAAAAUGCUUUCCUUUGAAAUUGAGAAUCCAGACCUGGUGGAUGAUGACGAAAAUGAUUCCGUGGAUGUCGUCACGAAGUUUCUGCGCAUGAUUGAAUCCCAGUCAAUGAAUACGAAUUGUUCAAAAGGAACCCAGGCAAAACUUGGUGAAGGAGUGGUCGACCGAUACGCCCAAGAGCGCUUCCGACUCGAAGCUGAGGUGACAGUUAACCGAGCAAACCUGUAUACUAGACUAUGGAAGUAUUCACGAGACCAAGUUUUGGCUUCAAAGUACUUGCUGCAAGCUGAAGUUCUGACUUUAACUGAGUUCGAUGAGGAUAUUUUUGCCGCCGGUAACUGUUACGACCUUUACGAGUAUCCAGGCUAUGAAUUGUACUGUCCUUUUGCCCAUCGACUUCCAGACGGCCAUAUAUUGGUUAAAGAUUUAGCUGUGCAAUAUUUUUACCUAGCCAACGGCUCUGAUUUCUUCUUGGACGCCAAGAGAUCUGCCGAACGAGUCAUCGAGAACUACUCGCAGAUAACGAAGGGUUACCUCAGCUUCUCGGGAAACCAAACCAGCCCAACGGAUCAGAUGGAGGACGAGAUUCUGAGCGUUCGUUACGAGGACGGCAUCUGGAGUGAGCCAUACUUCGACUGCGGAGGAGGCAACAUUUGGAUGCUCACGUAUACAGUUCCCUUCUUCGGCUACCACGCCGGCAAGUACCACUUCAAAGGCACGAGCGGCAUAGACAUCGAUCUGCGGCGGGUGGACAUCGACCAAUGUCCUCUGCCCGCUGGCUCCACGGCCCUCAAUAUCUUCGCUGCCUCCGACAAAUGCAAGAAAAGAACAACGCAAUGCGUGUCGCUGCCGGGGCUUGGGUUCCGUAGGGGGAGCUACAAGUGCGUGUGCAGGGACGGGUUCUACUUUCCCAACACCUCAACCGCCGAGAAAUACUUCAACGGAACCAUCAUUGAAGAGGAAUACGAGAAAAAACUGUCGAAGCAGGCGUCAGUGUACGACGACAGCGACGCGUUCGAGUGCCUGUCAUGCGCGCCAGGCUGCGACACGUGCGACGACAGCCGCCCAUGCGUCGUCACGCUCAACUGGCUCAUGCGCACCGCCAUCCUCGUCCUCGCUCUCGCCCUCAUCGCCUGUCUGCCCGCCAUCGCCUUCCUCACAUGGAAGUACGGUAACGUCAAGGUGGUGCGUGCUGCGAGCCCCACGCUGCUGCGCUACAUCAUCCUCGGUGCACUCUUCAUCUACAGCACCAGCGUAGUGCUCUACCCUCUCCCCACGGAGGUCACGUGCUCACUGAGGGUGUGGCUGAGGGAGAUCGGCUUCUCCCUUACCUACGGCGCCCUCAUGCUCAAAACUUGGAGGAUCUCUGUGGUGUUCCGGGUGCGCUCGGCGAAGGCGGUGAAGAUCACGGACCUGGACCUGCUGAAGAGGCUGUGGCUCAUCGUCGCCGCGUUCAGCGCCCUCGUCGCUGUCAGGACCAUCGUCUCCCCGCCCCAUGUUGUGGUGAGCUACACCACUGAGGGCCUGAAAGCUUACCUCUGCUCCACGGACUGGUGGGACCACGUUUUCACCUGCAUGGAGAUGCUGUUUCUGGUGUGGGGCAUCAGGCUGUGCAUCGUCGUGCGGAAGGCGCCGUCUGAGUUCAACGAGUCCAAGUUUAUUUCCAUGGCAAUAUAUAAUGAAUUCCUGCUGACGCUCUUCCUCAACGUCUCUAUGUUGUUCCUGCAAAGUCCUGCCAACCCUGACCUACUCUUCAUCAUUUAUUUCUGCCACACGCAGCUCACCAUCACUCUACUGCUAGCCCUCAUCUUCGGCAGCAAGGCGUACCUGGUGGUGAAAGGCCAAGGGAAGGGCGAGGAGACUAGCAUGACGAAGGGCAACACGGCCAAGCUGCACCACAAGAGCAAGAACAACGCAGCCUACCACGCAUCCCUCAGCAGCGGCCACGCGACGGCCGAGACCGACGUGCAGGAGGAGUUCCAGCGCCUGUACCUGCAGCUGGAGGCGCUGAAGGAGCGCAACGUUCGCCUCAACAACCGGCACUUGGUGGCGUGCAUUUCCGCGAUGCAGGAGGCGGCUGCCUCGGCCGCCAUCACGUCGACCAUCGUCACCUCAUCCAACCAUGACACUAAAAACAACGUAUCUACAUCUGAGGACAUCGCCAUUCUCAACUACGAGAUUAAGCACUGCGGUGGUGACGGUGGAGAUUUUCAUAAGCAGGAGAAGAAGGCGUUGACGGAAGGAGGAGUUGAAGCACUUAAAAAUGAGACGAGCUUCGCAGACCGUCAGAAAUUGAACAGCGAUUGUGAGGAUGGGUCCAAUGGCCGUCCUAAGGCCGAGAGUGGCGAGGAUAAUCUUUUCAAGCAUGGCUUCAGAGAGAAGUCCAGAAGUACGAUAGUGAGCAGGAGUUAUAAGAAUUCUAGCUUCAAGUUGGCAAAAACGUCGUUGAUUCGAUGCAGGAGUAGUACAGAGGGCAGAAUAAGUGAAGGCAUCGUCAUGAGGCCCAUCAUUAAUAGUAUCUGGCCCUGCAGUGUCAUAAAAACCACUUCAUUAUCUAAGCCCCUCGAAAAGGUUACAAAGAAUGCCAUCAGCGAUCCUGAGAUAACAAGUCUGUCUUCAGUGUAUCCCGUCACCUCAUCACCAGUCAAAAUGACCGUCGACUGCGAUGCCAACAUCCAGACCUCCAACCCAAUACUUGGCAGGGAGAUGAGCACUCAGACUUCCAAUACUGACAGAUUUUUAUCGGGUUUUGCACCUCGAGAUCACAUGAGAACGCCCCGGAGAUCGAGCCUCGUUGAACUUAAAAGAAGAUCGUCGGAUGCGAGUGAAUUCGAGAAGCCUAUUGACUUCAGCCAUUCUGACUUCAGAUUAAAUCUCGAAAUGCAUUCACGCUCCUUCAAAAACCCAAAAAGUUUGAAAUUCUCUAGACGAGGGCAAAGCUUGGAUAACGUAAAUGAGUUCCUUAUUUUAUUUAACUCUAAAGCACAAAACUUUCCUAUGCAUCGUUCAAGCGAGACGUCACUUCUGAAUCAGAACUCCCAUGUGGCGUGCGCAAGACCUUCAGAUGAGGCGAGAGCUUUCGUUCUCUGUAAUUUAUCUGAUAAGAGCAAAAUAUCUUCAGCAGAGGUGACAGUCUAGCAUAAAUCAGCCUUCUCUUCUCAUAGAUCUUCUCAUUUAUUUUCUUCAAUCUCUGAAAGUUCUCUCUUGUCGCAGGGUCUUAAUGCUCCUGAGGUGCUCAUCUAAGCCUAUGCUGGAAGCUCUUUGAAAUGGUACCAGCGAGCUUAGGGAAAUUAAUGAAAAUGAGAAAUAAAAAUAUAUUUAAAUUUUAUGAGUGAGAGAAGGCUGUUGAACGUAUCGGCUUACAAAGAUGUCUUGGUGUUGCUUUAGCCAAUAAAGCGUUUUCAAAGGAACUAAAAAAGGAGUUUCCGACUUAAAUUAAUAUUUAAUAUUUUAGGAGCUGCAAUCCGAAAUAAUUUUCAACUAAAUUCUCUGAGCUCCUACAAGAUGGGAAAAAUGCAGGAAUCAAAUUACAUAUUUUCAAAGCGACAACAGCGUAUGGGCCCAUUCAUACGCCUAGCGCAGGUAAUUGGAGGUAAAUUUUCACGCUCAUGCAACUAAAUAUAGAAGACGUGUUUACCUCCAGUCGCAGGUGACCCUUGAGCUCUAAAUUGUUUGCAAGGCAACGUUGUUGGGAAGUCAGAAAUGUUUCUUCAGUAUUGCUGAGCUCAUUAGCAUGCAAGAAAACGUUUCCGGAAUGACCGUUUUGGGGGCAAGCGUUGAACUUCUAAUGGGUUCAUUAGCCCGGACAGCGAUGAUGUUUAUGCACAAUUACUGCUCGGUUCUUGCAUAUUCAUGUACGUUCUCUUCUCAUUCAUGAGAAACUGACAAUACGUUACUAAGACUUACUGUAGCACCAGUAAUUCAAGGCUGACGCCAUGCUAGAAAACAAGAGAUCCAAGUUACAAAACAUCAAAAUAUAGCACAAAUUUACUCAACAUCUCGGUCUUCUCAAGGAGUUUUAAUUUUAUUUAGAUGCGUUGAUGAUAGCCACUCCAUUACAAUUAGAGAUUUACAUGUGAUAUAAGUAAGUGUUUAACGAUUGACGUUGAAAUAAGGCAAACCUUGCAUAGAAUAAGUUAAUUACAUGUACAUAGCUUAGAUGAAUUAGGAAAUUAUUGCACAUUUCAAUGUAAAAAUUUGCAAUAUGUAUUCUAUUUAUGAUCCAUCGUAAUAUUAUAGAAGAAUUAGCUGAAUGUUUUACUUUACUGAAUGUUUGAUUGUGCAUUCAAUUUAUGAGAUCCUGGCCAGACGAUGAAGAGUGAAGUUUAUUCUUCUCAAACAUAAACAGCAUCAAAACGAACGAGUUGAAUGUCAUAGUAACGCGUUAAAAAGUUGCUAAUAAAUUAAUGAAAAAACUUCCCGUCUUAAUAUUGAAAUUAAAAAGGAUACGUAUAUUUUUGUAUCGAGAUUCAAAUCAUUAUUCAACAGCCAACAAUUGCGAGCGGUUUCGCUUACUUAUACUCAGCGAAAUAAUAAUAACAAAAUUUUUAUGCUAAAGAUCGUUUGUACAUAAUUUACUGUUGAUUCUGGAGAAGAUAAUCUAUUUAAAUGGCAGCAUUUUAGCCGCCGUAUUUAGAAUACUGAUAUGAUCGUGCUGUAGUUAAGAGUUCAUCUGUUCUCAUACGAUGAAUUUUCGUUUCUUUAGAAAAGUUUAAAAAUGAAAGGGUAUUAUUUAUAGCAAAAUUUUAGCCAAUAAGAAAUUGCCGAUAGAUUUACAGUUUGUAUGGAUAUCGAAUUACAUUUUAAAAUAUAGCGCGUAAAAUAUCUGUUGAUAGAAAAUGCGGUUCUGAUCAUUCAGUAGCAUAUUGAACGUUUGAACGAAUCUACGGAAUAUUUUCAGCGCUGCAACUCGUAACUCACUGAGGAAUCUUUAACGCAAUUCGUAUCUCACUAUUUACUGUGAUGAGAUAAGCGUUUCGUAUUCGUAAUAAUGUAGUAACAUUUUGUUUUCACGCCUUCAUCAUUUUCCAGCUUAGAACUAAAUUGAUCUAAAAGUUUGCAUCUAUACAAAAUUUUCUAUUGCGUCCGGUUCAUUUAACUAUAUAAUUUCUUUCUCCAGAAUUUUUGUACAAAUGUGAAGGAAAUUUUGCACUCGCUGAAUAUUUUUGAACUGCACAAAUACUCUGUAUUGAUGCGAAAACAUUUGCUACAAGCUAAAUAUUUCCAUUAGACUAAUUAUUGUACAGGAGGUAGGAGUCGACGAUCAGGGUACUGGUGCGAUGUCUCUGAGCCCGUCGUCUGCAUCGGCAUCCCUGGUCGUCGUUUCGUCUCCACUCGAGCAUAAGAGAUGCAGAAUCCUAGGUCACUGUCAAUUAAAUUCAGUCAAUUGAGUGUGCGAUUAAAAUGGUGAAGAAGCUUUAUGUUAAUAAUUGAUUUCAAGAUAAUUUAAACAAGUUAAAUUGAGUUUUUAACAUUCCAGACGUAUAAUGAUUACCGUUAAUAUACGUCUUACCGUCAUAUGACUUAAGUCGACCAGUCUACUCAAGUCGCCACUCUCUGGGAGAAUCCAUAUAUCGUGUGAAUAAUAUUCUGGAAAUAUUCUCUAGGAAGACUGUAAAUGCUUUGAAAUUAUUGCGCACCUGUAAAACACGAGUGAAUGCGUUACUGAAAUAUAUUAUCGUUAUUAUUGUAGGGCGGCAAGUUAGGUGCAGUACUCGGACGACUUUCCCGUCAUUGACGGUGUAACGAAAAUAGUCAAUGUUGAAUGCAUUCAUCACGACAACCCCACACUUUGUGCGUCGAGUCCACUGCUCUAAUUAUACUGAUGUUAUGUAUUGUGAGUGUAAACAUUUUCUAUUACACUCAAUUUCUGUGUGGUAUCAUUGUAAACAAACAUUCAUUUGAAAAUAAAAAAAUAUCAGUUAAAACCGAACGUUUCAAUACCGAAGCGCGUGAUGACUAACUUCGACUUUCGCUAAUUCUACCACUUUACUAGUGGCGAAUUGUAU